AUGUCUUCGCCCAUGUCAACUUCAGGCCAAGAUGGCCAACAAUCGCACACCAAAAAGCCUGUCGAGUUUCAAUUCUGCGCCGAAUGCUCCAACAUGCUCUACCCCAAGGAAGACGAGGAAACGCGCACACUUCAGUUUACCUGCCGAACAUGCCACUACACAACCAACGCGAGCAACACGUGCGUGUUCCGUAACGAACUCAACAGCUCCGCCAGCCUUCACGCCGGAAUCAUCGAGGGCAUGGGCAAGGACCCGACGGUGGGUGCCCCCGUUUCUGACACUUUUUCGCCACCUGCGGCAUCUACCGCUGCUGCUGCCCCUUCCCUCUCGCAUCUUCGACAACACGUUCCUGCCGAUUCGACCAUCGUCUUGUGUCUGGUUUGCGGAAAGCCUAUCCUGUGCGCCGUCUGCGAGGUCACCUCCUUUUACGUCUGCAGCAACGACUUGCGCACCCUCGAAGGCAACGCCGACGACGAAACCGAAAACAGCUUCUUCUCGGCUCACGCGUCCGAGGCCUCGUCCCCUCGCACCCGGGUUCAAUUUUCGUGGAAUGACGAUAGCGAUGUGUAUGACUUUAUGAACGACGAGUACGCCGAGAGUGACGCCGGAAGUGCCGAGGAGGAUGAGCUGUCAAAAAGCAUCAUGAUGCUCGACCGCGUCAGGUCAACCACCAGCGUUGUUACCACCUCGUAG